AUGGCCAUGGAAGAGAUUAGUUUGACAGCAGCAUUCAAAUGGGUGGGUGAUAGAAUUAGUGGUGCAUGGUCAGAUCGAGGUGGAUGGCAAGAGGACAAGCAGCCAUUCAGUUCUCAUCACCCAGACUACUCUACCAUUGCCUCAUGCUUCACUUUGAAGGGUCAGGUAGAGGUAGGAUGGCGUAGACGUAAGACCAUUGUCAUUGAAAAUAUGCGUGCAGCAGAGGGGUUGGGUGAAGACGAAAGAGUCGGAUAUGAAGACAGAAGCACGAAUGAGGGUGUGGACGAGGACGGAAUGUAUGGACGAGAGCAGGGUGGCCAGUAG